GGUUGUUUAAUCCUUUAUUUUAGCCGCUGCCGCCUUACAAAUAAUAUGUGUGAAGGAGAGGAUUGUUUCAAUAAACCUUCGGCUUAUACUUACAAUUUCAUAACGUUUGUUUCAAAAAUGAUGGUACCACCAGAGGGCAGAAUCUUUUUUAGCUUGAAGGGACCAGCAUGGUAUGACGAUAUUGAAUUUGAUAUGAAAAUCGUGAAAAUACAAGCAGCUGCUAAUAUCGAAAAAGCAACAAAUAACCAUUUCGGAACAACAAAGGAUCAUCAUGAGGUGCACUUGAGUCUCAAGCGUUCCUUAGAAGGUCCCCAAGAAAUUGAAAUUGAUUUAACAAUGACCGUCUUUACUAGAGGUUUGCCGCGCGGCAAAAGUGUAGCUAAAGUUUUUAUUAUUGUAUCUCAAUAUACAUUUUAAACUUAUUUUUAUUUUUGUUAAUAAUUGUAUAAAAUGUAUACAUUUUAAAUCCUAAAUUUGAUAAAUGAAGAACUUUUAUACCAAUUA